CGCGACCGUUGGCGGGCGGCUGGGGGCGGGGCUCUCCCCCCCCCUCCCCUCCCCUCAUGGCGGCCGCCGCCAUGUCGCUGUCCCCCGAGCGAGCCGCGGAGCUGCGGGAGCUCAUCCAGCGGCAGCUCCUCAAGAUGGAUGUCCACGGCAGGAUCAGAGAAGUUCUUGCUGAGACCAUACGUGAGGAGCUAGCACCUGAGCAUCAGCAGCUGUCCACAGAAGAUCUGAUAAAAGCCUUAAGGCAACGAGGAAUCGUUGAUGAUGUUAUGAAAGAACUUAAAUUUGUAACUGAUGUGAAUGAAAAGGAGAGGACUUCUGCUUCAAAACCAUCAACACAUUUUGUUGCUAGAGAACCACCAGUUCUGAAAAAAACUAACAUUGACCCAACACGAAGGUAUCUUUACCUUCAGGUUCUGGGUGGGAAAGCUUUUCUGGAACAUCUUCAGGAACCAGAUCCUCUGCCUGGCCAAAUCUGUUCUACUUUCACUCUGUGUUUACAUUUCCGAAAUCAGCGCUUCCGUUCUAAACCUGUUCCCUGUGCCUGUGAGCCGGACUUUAAUGAUGGUUUUUUACUUGAAGUACACAAGGAUAGCCUAGGUGAUGGAAGUAAAAUGGUGGAUGCAACCACCAUGUUAUCUAUAUGUGAUCCAGUGCACAUGGUUCUGAUCAAAACAGACACGUUUGGUGAGACAACCCUAGUAGCAUCCCAUUUCUUGGAGUGGCGAUCUGUCCUGGCUGCAGAGAACGGCAUAACAAACAUUGCUGUGGAACUCCUGGGUGUAGGUUCAGAAUCAAAGGUUUCUGUUGGUGUUUUGAACAUCAGACUUGAAAUGUAUCCACAACUCAGUAAGACGCUGUCUCCAGAAAUAACUAAUACUCAAUUUACUUUGGAACGUCAGAGGACAGCAGAAAAAGAACGACUGUUUCUUGUGUAUGCUAAACAGUGGUGGAGGGAAUACCUACAGAUUAGGCCUACACACAACACGAGGCUAGUAAAGAUCUUUGCACAGGAUGAAAAUGGAGUGAACCGUCCAGUGUGUUCGUAUGUCAGACCGCUUCGAGCAGGCCGCUUGCUAGACACACCUAGGCAAGCAGCGCGGUUUGUCAGUGUCCUGGGUUAUGAAAGAGCUCCUGUCAUUGGAGGAGGAGGUGGCAAACAGGAACAGUGGUGCACCCUUCUUGCUUUCAUAUGUAGAAACAAGGGUGACUGUGAAGAUCAUGCUAACCUUCUGUGCAGCCUUCUUCUUGGAUAUGGGUUGGAAGCCUUUGUGUGUGUGGGAACAAAAGCAAAAGGAGUCCCCCACACUUGGGUAAUGACUUGUGGAACCGACGGAACGAUUACCUUUUGGGAGAGCUUAACAGGGCAUAGGUAUAUCCACAGGCCUAUCAACCCUGAUGACCCUCCGCUAGUUGAACAACCCAAGCCAUUGUAUCCCUAUCGCACAAUAGGUUGUGUCUUCAACCAUCACAAGUUCUUUGGAAAUUGUCAGCCCACUGAUGCUGUGGAGGUCUGCGUGUUUGACCUGCAUGACGAGUCUAAAUGGAAGCCCAUGAGUGGAGAAGCAAUAAAAUCUGUCUGUUCUCCUGGAGCAGCAUCUUCAGUUCCCCCUUUUCCUCCUUUGUGUGCUUCUGCAAUAGAUGCUGCAGUAACAAGCAAUGAGAUAGAGUUGCAGCUGAGAUUACUGGUCUCAGAACACAGGAAGGAUCUUGGCCUUUCUACUGUUUGGGAUGACCAUCUAUCCUAUCUGUUGUCACCAGCGUUAGCAGCCUACGAGCUCGAACGUACCACGAGUAUUUCUGCUGGAAACGAAGAGUUUCAAGAUGCUGUACGAAGAGCAGUACCUGACGGUCACACAUUUAAAGGGUUUCCUAUCCAUUUUGUAUACAGAAAUGCCAGGAGAGCAUUUGCCACAUGUCUUCGGUCUCCUUUCUGUGAAGAAAUAAUCUGUUGUAGGGGUGACCAGGUGCGACUUGCAGUUCGUGUACGAGUGUUUACGUACCCUGAAUCCGCAUGUGCUGUUUGGAUCAUGUUUGCUUGUAAAUACCGCUCCGUCCUUUGAAAAACAAAAUCAUGCAUGCCUCUUUGGAUCUGCAAAAUAAUGUAUCUGCAUAUCAAAUGAUGCAAUUAAACUAAUAUUGUAUUUUUAUAUAGGUGCCACGGAUUUUGAAUACUGUAUUGUGUGAAGUGAAUUGUAUACAUGAUAAUAAUUGUAUUUAUAAAGAGAGUUUAUUUUAAUAAAAGCAACUUUAAUACUUACA